UUUGACUCAAGUAAUACAUUACCUUCUUUACCCUAACAGGUUAUAUGGAGAUAUGAUGGCAAAAAACCAGAUACCUUAGGGCCAAAUACCCGGCUCUAUAAAUGGAUCCCCCAGAAUGACCUUCUUGGUCAUCCAAAAACCAAAGCCUUUAUAACUCAUGGUGGAACCAAUGGCAUCUAUGAGGCGAUCUACCAUGGGAUCCCUAUGGUGGGCCUUCCUAUGUUUGCGGAUCAACCUGAUAACAUUGCUCACAUGAAGACCAAGGGAGCAGCUGUCAGAUUGGACUUCAACACUAUUUCAAGUACAGAUUUGCUCAAUGCAUUGAAGACUGUCAUUAAUGACCCUUUAUAUAAAGAGAACACUAUGAAGUUAUCAAGAAUUCAUCAUGACCAGCCUAUGAAACCACUAGAUCGAACAGUCUUCUGGAUCGAGUUUGUCAUGCGUCACAAAGGAGCCAAACACCUGUGGCCAGCCGCCCUUGACCUCACCUGGGUCCAGUACCACUCUUUGGAUGUGAUUGGGUUCCUGCUGGCCUGUGUGGCAACUGCUACAUUUGUCAUCACAAAAUGUGUUCUGUUUUGUUGCCGGAAGUUUUUAAAAACAGGAAAGAAGAAAAAAAGAGAGUAGUUGUUUCAGAGGCCUGAAGCUGAUAUGCCUUGUAGAUGGGACUCCUCCACUUUAUUCCACCAAGAAGUUGCGAUGUAAGGGUCACUAUCUCCUGUGAUAACCUUACUUUUCACAAUUUAGCUUCUCAGAUCCAAAUUUGUUUUCAAGUGACUACCUGGUUAAGAGUUAUAAAUAUGUCAUGCCAAACAUAAAAACUUAUAAAAAGUAAACCAAAAAUAAAAGCCAUAUGAAUAUAUUUUUAAAUUUGUUAUUCUAAUUGCAAAGUUAUACCAAAAUAUUAGCUAAAUUAUGUUUAAAACAUUACACAUGAACACAAGAACAUUAAGUAGUCUAUUCAUAUAUUAAUAUUACUUUGCAAAUAUUUGCAAAUACUCAGAAUAUUUUAAUAUUAUUUUGGUGCAAAAAUCUGUAGUUUUAUCGUUUGCUAAACAAAACUAUUCAAAGUUAGAAUUGUACAAAAUAAUUCAUCCUUCUAUUUUAUUUUGGGAGAACACCAAUGCUCCUUUGUUUUAUGGUACAUCCAGCCUCAGCAUCACUUCUUACCUACAGACAUGGAAGUCAUUUGCUUUCAUCCAGUUUAAGUUAAUUUAUCAUCAAAACUUAAAUGGAUUGAGAAAUAUAACAAUAGCUAAUUGCUUCCUAUUGUACACUGAGCUAUUUAUGAAAGACUUUGGUUUCAGUAGCUAAUUCUGUUUACCUCACAGCCCCCUAAAAAGAUUCACUGGGUUUUUUCACUCUCCUUUUAGUCUUUGAUAAUGGGUAUAUGGUUCCAAUUAUAAGUUUGAUAAUGUAGAAUUCAUACUCUAAAGGGACUUAUUGAAUUUUCAUUCUUUCCAAAUAUAUGUGUACAUAUAUAUGCCCACUUCUUGUAAAACAAGGCACAGAAUCACUUAGCUACUUUCAUACACAGUGAACAAUUCAAUGUGUUUGUUGAAGGCA